GACGGCAGACUUAUAGACGCCGGCGUGCCGUCCUUGCCCAGCGUGGACCCUGGGGACAUUCAUGUGUUGCUGGUUGAUGAUGAGGUGGGGCACGGUCGCGCGCUCAUGCGUGCCACUCGUCUCGCAAUUCUGCAACGCGCACGUCUACGAGCCCUUCGCCCAUUAAUUGUGCAUGUUUGGGAUGCGCCUCACGCGGCUGGUGGUUGGGAACCUUUUGCGGGCGUGCAAGUACAAAGUCACCAUCGCCGAGAGCGGCACGCAGGCCUUGGAGGUACUGUCCAAAGCCGGGCCGGGCGCCUUCCAGCUCAUAUUGACGGAUGUGAUGAUGCCAGACGUGGGCGGAUUGGAGCUGCUGCGCUUCGUGCGCUCACACCCGCACCUCAGCAACGUUCCCGUCAUCAUGAUGUCAGCCAGUGAGGCGCAGGAGACCAUGUGCGCGGCGCUGUUGGGCGGCGCGGAGGAGUACCUGGUGAAGCCGGUCACGCGCAAGGAGGUCCAGAACAUCUGGACCCACGUCAUGAAGCGCUUCCACGCCGCGUCCGUGCAGCCCGCGGCGGUGGCAGCUGAGGUGGGGUCGAGUGAGCCGGCGACUACGGCGGCGGCGCCUGGUGGUCCGGCUGGCGCGCCGGGGUCCACAGCUGUGGCGGGCGUGGCGGCGGGCGCGGGCGCAGCAGGCGGCCAGCACCUCAUGAGCCUGGGCAUGGGCCUGAGCGCAGGGCUGGGCCUGCCUCCAGAGGUGGCGCGGGACGUCAUGCGCGCGGCCGCGCUCGCCGCCAGCACCACCGCCCACCACCACCCGGGCGCUGGCGGCGGGUCCGGGAGCGGCGGCGGAGCCAUGGACGCUGGCGGCGGCGGCGCAGGAGGCGGCGGCGGAGGUGGAGGAGGAUUGCCGGAUGAUGCAGCAAUGCGGCUAGCGCUCAUGAACGGUAUAUCCCACACCAACACGGCGGGCGCUGCUGUUGCCGCUGGCGCGGCUGCAACUGGGGCUGCUGCGGCUGGUGCUACUGCCGCGCCUGGCACGGAUCUGGCCGCUGCAGCUGCAGCGGCGGAGGCUGUAGCAGCCGGCGGUGCGCAGACCGGGUCAGCACGAGGUGGCGUGGCAGGGCCGGGGCCGGGGUCGGCAGCGGCAGUAGCAGCCGCUACAGCUGCGGUGGCGCCGGGCGCUGAGGUGAGCAAGGUGAACCUGCUCAAAUGGCUGCGGCGGCCCAGUCGGACUGUGCAGCCCAAGGAGAGCUUCUGGAUCUUCUGUGAGGUGCUGCUUCUGCUGGAGAGCUGCCAGGCGAGCCAUGGCGCCACGGCACGUGCGUGCGGGUUACGGCCCAGCCGCAUGGUGUUGUACAGCAACGGCCGUGUGGCGUUCGUACAGCCGCCUCCCUCAGCAGCGGCGGCUGCUACAGCCGGGCAACAGCAGCAGGUGGGGAAAGCUGGCGGCAACAAUAAAGACGGUGGUGGAGGUGGCGGAGGAGGAACCGCAGGGACACCGGAUGCGAUGGAGGGAGUGGAGGGGCCGGGCGCCGCUGCCGGCGGCGAUGCCGCCGGCGCUGCUACAGCCACACCCAACGGCAACGGCAGUACGCCAGCGGCUACAGCCGCCGCGCCCGCGGACGAGGAGGAGGCUCUGUACCGAAGCCCAGAGGAGGAGGCGGCGGGACCGGGUGCAACAGCCGCCGCUGUCGCUGCUGCUACUGCCGCCAGUGACAUGUUCAGCCUGGGGCUGUUGUUCCUGGAGCUCUUCUUUGCGGCGCCGGGGCCGCAGCAGCGCGCGGAGCUUCUCCGGGAGGCUCGUCAGCGGGUGCUGCCUCCCGCCUUCAGCCGGUCCCAGCCCAAGGAGGCCGCCUUUACACUGGCGCUGCUACAUCCCGACCCCGCCUGCCGCCCCACACUGGCAGAGCUGCUCUCAAGCGCCAUGUUCAGGGCCACAACCACCAGCCUGCGAAAGCGGGCCGCGGCGGCGGCAGCAGCGGCAGCAGCAGGGGCUGUAGCAGCGGGUGGCGCGGGGGCGCUGGGAGGUGAGGCUGCAGGGCAGCAAGGCGGUGCCGGGGCUGGGGCCGGGGUGGCGCCGGGGGGUGCAGCGAAGCGCGCGGCGCAGCAGCAUGCGCCCGGGCGAACGCCGGGUGCGGCGCCGGCAGCAGCGAGUGCGGCGGCAGCGGCGGCAGCGGCAAAUGGAGCGGCCGCGAGGCCGGGCGGGCACACGGGGCGCCACCGGCUAGCGAACGGGAGCGGAGUGGUGGCGGAGGCAGCAGAGGCCGCGUCAGUGCAGCUGGCAGCAACAGGUGCCGCGGCGUCGCCCAGUGUUGCGGCGGCGACCGCCAACGGCGUGCACGCGGCGCCGCCAGCCGCACCCCACGCGCCACACGCCGCGCCGGCUGCCGCACCAGCACCCGCGCAACGCCCGGCCCCAGCCGCCUCCGCCUCCGCCGCCCCAGCCACCCUAACCACCACGGCUCCUGGCUCUGGCGCUGGCCCGCCGCUGCGUGUGGACGACGCUGUGCUGCUGGAGUUCCUCCAUACGCUGCGGAAAAGGAAGCUGGCGGAGCUGGCGGCGGUGGACUGCGAGCUGGGAGCCUUCACCGCAGACGCCAACAUGAUUGAGCAGUACCUGCUGUACCUGGCGCAGGCCAGGGCGGCCAAACGCUUCCACCGCAACGCCAACGCCAGCGGUGCUGGCGCGGGCGCAGGUGCGGGUGCGGGUGGCGCGGGCGCGGUUGCGGCCGCGGGCGCGGAGCAAGGCGCGGGCGGGAGCGGGGCGGCGGAGGGGGACGCGGCGGCGGAGGAUGGCGCGGUGGUUGCCAGCACCUCUGCAGCGGCGGCGGCGGCGGCAGCCGCCGCGGCCGCCAUGCCGCCGCCAGCGCACAACGCGGCCUGGUACGAGCAGCACCAGGCCGCUCAGAGCAAGUGGGUGCGCAUCGCGGCCAAGUACCCGGCCCUCGAGUCCGUGUUCGUGGAGCGCCGCGGCAGCACAGCCGCCGCCGUCGCCGCGUCCGCCGCAGGCAGCGGCGCCGCCGGCUGGCCUCGCGGCGGCUCCAUGUCUGGCACCACCGCCAGCGGCGUGGUGGCCACGACGCCGCGGCACCGUCACGCGGACGCAGGCGGGUUGCCGGAGCCGCUGCUGCGCUUCGCGGAGGACCUGUCCGCCUACGCCACCUUCACCUCGCUCACGCCUGUGGCGUCGCUUCGCUACGGCGACCCGCCGGCCGUGAGCCACAUGGUGGCGGGCGCCGCGUUCGACCGCGACGACGAGUUCUUUGCGGUGGCGGGCGUGAGCAAGCGCAUCAAGAUCUUUGAGCGCGAGGCGGUACUGCAGAGCAACAUUGUGGGCGCGCACUACCCGGUGCUGGAGAUCAGCAGCCGCUCGCGACUAAGCUCCGUCACCUGGAGCGGGUACAUCAAGGGCCACCUGGCGUCUGCGGACUACGAGGGGCUGGUCCAGCUGUGGGACGCCAACACCAACACCGAGCUGCUGUCCUUCGAGGAGCACGGCAAGCGCGUGUGGAGCAUCGACUUCUCGCAGGCCGACCCCGCCCGCCUGCUCAGCGGCGGCGAUGACGGCUUGGUCAAGCUGUGGUCCAUACAGCACGAGGCCAGCACCUCCACGCUGGACCUCCGAGCCAAUGUCUGCUCCGUACAGUUCUCCCCCCACUCGCCGCACAUCUUCGCGGCCGGCGCCGCCAACUACCGCAUCUUCCUGUACGACCUACGGCACACCGCCCGCGCGCUGCACGUGAUGCCGGGGCACGGGCGCGCGGUGUCGUACGUCCGUUGGCUCUCGCCAACCGCCCUGGUGUCCGCCUCAACCGACAACUGCCUGAAGCUGUGGGCGCUGGACCGACUAGGUCCGGACGGACUGCCGCGAUGCGUACAGACGUUCCGCGGCCACACCAACGAACGGAACUUUACGGGCCUGUCGGUGUCGCCAGACGGUUACAUCUGCUGCGGCUCGGAGAAUAACCGCGUGUUCUGUUACCACCAGAGCAUGCCCAUGCCGGUGGCUAGCUACGACUUCGCAAGUGGCGGCGGCGGCGGCGGCCUGGGCGGGCUGGGCGGCGUCAGCGGCGGCGACAGCAUGCUUGCGGGCGGCGUCGGCGGCUCAAUGGUGGGCGGUGGGUUGGGCGUGGGCGGCGGGGCGGGCGACACAGCUGCGUCGGGGGCAGCGGGAGACGGCGGUGGCGGUGGAGCCGGUGGCGCGGGGGCGGGCGGCGGGGGCUCGUCAGCGCCGCCGGGGCAGUUCGUGUCGAGCGUGUGUUGGAGCCGGCGCAGCAACUUGCUGCUUGCUGCCAACUCUGUGGGCGCAAUAAAGCUUUUCACGCUCAGCUGAGCGUUGUUGGUGACCACGCGGCGGAGGGCUCAGGUGCAAAAAUGGUGGUUCAGGGCCUCUAUGCGGGGUGCGCAGGUUGCAAGUUGAUAGCACCAUGUGAUGUUGUGGACUGUUGCCAUAACGCAGCCACACCUGGCGUUGAGCCCCCAUGGUGCGGGCGGAAUAAACUGGUGCGGGUACGGCACGGGGUCGCAGGUCUGGUUGUCUGGUUGAUACUGCCGGACAACUAGCUGCAGUCUGUUGAUGCAUGCUUGCGGUGCGAGCCGGAACUGAUGAUGACAAUGACGAUGAGGUGGUGAUGAUGCACGCAUUCUUGCGCUUGCGGUAUCACGAGAGAAGACAGUCCGAGCUGUUGUGCGUAGUUAUUUAUGCCACUCAACAAAGGGUUUCAUACAGAUUUCGUAGGUCAGGAGUGCGGAGGAGGAGGACGCGGCUGCGCAAGUGACAACAAGGAAUAAAAGAUGCAGGUAGUGUUGUAGAUGGCGGUGACAGUGACAGGGCAAACGUUUUUGUGGGGUAUGAAUGCGACGUUACAAGGAUGGACAGUCCGAGUAGCCAUGUAGCUUCGGCGUUUGGGGCAGCAGGGCAGCACGAUUGAGUAGACUGCUUGGUGACCUGCGGCCGUGCCUGCGGCACGCAAGCAAACCGCAACCAAUCGUGCGUCAGGCCGCCGUGCACGAUAAUGGAACAUGGUAACUUUGUGUCGA